ACGUCGCGCGAGGUCCCCGAGGGAGUGCCAUGCGUCGCGAAUCUCGUCCGCUCGUCGGCAUCGUCGCGUGGCAGCAAGCAAGGCGUGCUUCGAACCGAGUUCUCGGCUAAACAAACUUGCGUUAAUCGCAAACGCGCGCGCAAUUUUUGCAAUUGAAAGUUUUUACGCGUUCGCUACGCCCGUGCUCUCCAUCCUCCUGUUUCAUCGACUGUGUGUCGCUGAGCGAUAUCCGCACGACGAAUCUCUUGGAAUGCUCUCCGGUCCGCUCUAGCACUACGUAGUCUCGGUCUUAAUCCAAUACGCUGAAAGAAAGUCUAAAAACAUGGGAUGCUAUGCGGGCCGAUGCCUCGGUCCAGGCGAUUCGGGAUCAGGAUUCAUGGCAGCCAUUAGGAAGAAGUUGGUUAUUGUAGGUGACGGUGCAUGCGGUAAAACAUGCCUGCUUAUAGUGUUCAGCAAAGACCAGUUCCCUGAAGUAUACGUACCCACAGUAUUCGAAAACUAUGUCGCGGAUAUUGAGGUGGACGGCAAACAGGUGGAACUGGCUCUUUGGGACACAGCUGGACAAGAAGACUAUGAUAGGCUGCGUCCGUUGUCGUAUCCAGACACGGAUGUCAUUCUAAUGUGCUUCUCCAUCGACAGUCCCGAUUCCUUGGAGAACAUUCCGGAGAAAUGGACACCAGAGGUGAAGCACUUUUGCCCGAACGUGCCCAUUAUCCUUGUGGGAAACAAAAAAGACUUGCGCAAUGAUCCUAACACCAUCAAGGAGCUCAGCAAGAUGAAGCAGGAGCCAGUCAAACCCGAGGAGGGUAGGGCUAUGGCCGAGAAAAUCAACGCUUUUGCUUACCUCGAGUGUUCCGCCAAGAGCAAGGAAGGUGUGAGGGAAGUUUUCGAAACGGCAACUCGGGCUGCGUUACAAGUAAAGAAGAAGAAGAAGGGCAGAUGUAGGCUUCUUUAAGGUGUAAUGUCAAGUGAACCCGGUGCAACACGGGUGAAAUAAUGGAACAAUAAAAAAAAAAAAUGUAAAAAGAGACACAAAUUUAAAUAAAAUUAAAUAAAGAAACAGAGUCAUGUCGAGGCAACGCGGUUGUUGGUGCGUGAAAUUCUAGUUUAUUUUAAUUUGACAACAUCUCAGCAGAUUGAUACUGUGUUUAUAAUAUUGACGCAAACGUUUUGACUUUAUUUUUUGAAUCUUUUUUCUUUUUUUAAGCAAAGAAUAAAGUUAGAAUAACAUAUACGUAGGGUAGUCACACAAAUGUAAAAGAUUAUAAAAGCUUUAACUCUCAUACGUGUUAACUUUUGCAAAUAAUUAUCACGCACCUGUAUUACGUUUGAACAUGGUAGUUUUAUGAGAAAAUAGAAUCCCCUGUUUUCAGUAAUUUGUAUCGAACGUGAUAAAUAUCUAAUAAAGUAUCAAGUAGUUACUCUAAAAGGAAAGACUCAAUUAACUUAUUUAAUUUUGUGAUACAUAUAUAAAUGUACCUUACAAUCUCGUCGUGCACAUUUGCAUGGAUAUGGUAGACUGUCAUAUUGAAUUGGUUUUUAAACAUUGCCGUUUCCUUCAAAGAACUUUAACGACGCACGAACAUUUAGAUGAUGAUGAUGCUUGCAGGUUAUUUUGUCCAGGAAUAACGAUCCGGUUUGACACGGGAUCGAGUGUGAUAAAUUGAAUUAAAAUGAACUAAAAUUUUGCACGCACCAACAAUCGCGUCGACUCUACAUGUGGUCUUUCUUUAUUUAAUUUUAUCGAAACAAAAUAUGGAAUUGCGAAACUAGCUGUAACGAAGCUAGUCGUAAAACUAUCGAGAUUGCCAGCCGAAAAACACAUGCGAUAAAAACAUCUUUACCUUUAUUUUACUUAAUAAAACACGUUUACAACAAAAACGGAAAUGCGUUUACACAUACAUACAUACAUACACACACACGCACACACAUACACACCUAAUGUUGUAAACUGAUCGUCGAUGAAAAACAAAAAAAAAAACAGAAACUGCUUAGUAUAAAUUUAAUACACGUAUACUUUAUAUUAUAUAUAUAUAUAUUAUAUUAUUAAUUAUUAUUAUACAAAAAAACUGUAAUGUAUAUUGUAAUGACUACUUUGAUUGUGUAUUUUUUAACAGUAAUAUGAAUUGUGCUUCGAGUUUAAAAAAAAACGAUUAAAAAAAGAAAACUCA